AUCUCGGAACGGGGCAUUCCGCUUUAAGGCAGUUGCAGAAGUGCGGGACGGGGACGGGGAGGAGGAGGUGGCACGCGGAAAGGGGAGCCCGGCGGUGGCUGCCAUGGUGACCGAGCUGCCGGAAGGAGGUAGCGUGGAGACGGAAUGAGUGAUUGACAGUCUGUUUGUGCUUGACUGCCACUUUCCCGGGAUUACCUCUAACAUUUCAACUAUAUCUAGACCAUCACACACAGGCCAAGCCCAACCUAGAGGACUGAAUUUGGGUUAAUUAAGCACCUGUGCUGAAGUGUGGACCACUUCUUACUUAGGGUUUACUGAAGAUUUGCAGCAAUAUGUGGGACUGAAGACCAUUGAAGUAGUUACACAGCUCUUCAGUACAGUACUGGAAACAAUUCAACUGCCCAUCAGUAUAAUUUUACAGGUACUUGUAAUGUGAGUAUACCAGUGACAAUAUGAGUGUCCUAAUGAUUGAAGCCUUUUGUGGGGGUUCCCACAAACAGCUGCUUGACCUGCUUCAAGAGGAGAUUGAGGGAUGUUCCGUCUUCACCUUAACAGCAAAGAAGUGGCACUGGAGAGCACGCACUGCUGCACUCUAUUUCACACAGACCGUACCACUCAGUGACAAUUACAGGGUCCUGUUCACAAGCUCGGUCCUUAACCUGGCUGAACUGGUUGCUCUCCGAUCUGACCUUGCCAAAUUGAAAAAGGUCCUAUACUUUCAUGAGAACCAGUUGGUAUAUCCUGUCCGGAAAAGCCAGGAAAGAGACUUCCAGUAUGGAUACAACCAAGUGAUUUCAUGCUUGGUGGCUGAUGUGGUGGUGUUCAAUUCUGCAUUCAAUAUGGAAUCCUUCCUAACGGGCAUUGGCCCUUUCAUGAAACUCAUUCCCGAUCAUCGGCCCAAAGAUCUUGAGAAGCUCAUCAGACCCAAGUGCCAAGUAUUAUACUUUCCAAUCAGGUUUCCUGAUGUUACCAGAUUUCUGCCAGCACAUAAACUUUGCCAAACUCCUCAGAUGACUGGUGUUCAAGACAUUGACGACGGUGAAGGAUUAGACAGCCUGAUUGCUUUGCAAAAGUAUAAACAUGAUAAUGAACUGAUGAGAAACAGUUCUUCUGUCCUGGAACCUCACCCUGCUGAGAAACAGGAAGGGCUAUCAAGCCCAUCAGAAUCGCUCGAGGAGCUGAAGCACAUCAAGAAAAGUGAAGGUACAAGUGCUUAUCACGGAGGAGAAGAUAAGGAACAUUUGGCCUUUAACCUCUGCAGCAGGCUGAGUUGCAACUCAGAGGAAAAUUACAACGUGGCUUCCCAGUAUAAACCUUUACACAUUGUCUGGCCACACAGGUGGGAGCAUGACAAAGACCCUGAACUCUUCUUUAAAACAUUAUUGAAGCUGAAGGAGGAUGGACUAACCUUCGAAGUUUCUGUCCUUGGCGAGACUUUUACAGAUAUACCAGACAUCUUUGCUGAGGCCAGAAGGGAAUUGGGUUCCUCUGUUUUGCACUGGGGCUACCAAAGCAGCAAAGACGACUACCUCGAAGUUCUAUGCACGGCAGACAUUGUCAUAUCAACAGCAAAACACGAAUUCUUUGGAGUGGCGAUGCUGGAAGCUGUUCACUGUGGCUGCCACCCAUUGUGCCCUAAGGCGUUAGUCUAUCCGGAGAUCUUUCCAGAGAUGUAUCUCUAUGCUACUGCUCAGCAGCUGUUUAAGAAGCUUCAGAAUUUCUGCAAGAGGCCAGAUCUUAUAAGAAGGAAGCCUGUUGAGGCAAACCCAUCGCAUUAAUGAGCACAUCUACACAAAGCCUUGUUGCAGGAAAACACCAUCCAUCAUCAGGGACCCUCUCCACGCAGUUCAUGCUCUCUUCACGCUGCUGCCAUUGGGAAGAAGAUACAGGAGCCUCAGGACUCACGCCACCAGGUUCCGGAACAGUUAUUACUCCUCCACCAUCAGGCUCUUGAACCUAAGGGGAUAACUUCACUCAACUUCAAUUGAAAUGUUCUCACAACCAAUGGAUUCUUUUGCAAGGACUCUUCACCUCCCGUCCUGGAUAUUUAUUGCUUAUUUAUUUAUGUAUUAUUAUUUCUUCUUUUUGCAUUUGCACAGUUUGUUGUCUCCUGCACUCUGGUUGAACUCCCCAGUUGGGCAGUCUUUCAUUGAUUCCGUUAUAGAUAUUAUUCGAUAGAUUUGUUGUGUAUGCCCACAAGAAAAUGAAUCUUAUGGUUGUAUAUGAUGACAUAUAUGUACUUUGAUAUUGAUAUUUACUUUGAGCUUUGCACAUUGAACUUUCAUUUACAGGUUGGCACUGACAAUGUUGCAAAUUAUUGUCCACACCUAAAUUCCACUGACCUGAUGAGACUGUUACAAGUUGGCCUGGAAUUAGAUAUUGACCAGACCACGUAAAAGCAACUGUAUAUCCUCCUUAAGUGAUAUUAGUGAACAAGGUGUUUUUUUAACACAACAAUCUGGUGGUUUAAUUGUUCUUGUUAUUGAGAUAAGCUUUUUUAAAAAAAAAUUCUGAUCUAUUUAAUUGUUUGAAUUUAAAUUCCUAGCUGCCAUGAUGGAAUCAGAGUUUUGCCUCUGAAACAGUGGUCCAUAUCUCUGGCUGCCAGCCCACUAACUCUACUAUGUAUACAUGACUAUUAAGACCAUAAGACAUAGGAGCAGAAUCGGGCCACUCAGCCCAUCAAAUCUGUUCUGCUAUUCCAUCAUGGCUGCUCCAUUCCCCUCUCAACCCCAACUCCGGUCUUCUCCCCAUAACCUUUCAUGCCCUGACUAAUCAAGAACCUACUAAUCUCUACCUUAGAGCAAGCAUUUGCUUUGCGCCAUUAACUAUUUACCCUAUUUAUUAAUGUCUUAUAAGAUGAUUUAACCAUGUGUUCAAGUUUGAGACAAUGAUUGACAAGGUGUGGGUCAAACAUGGGCAAAUGAGACCAGCUUAAACUGGCAUCUUGCUCAGCAUGGGCAAGAUGGGCCAAAUGGCCUGCUCCUCUGCUGUAUGACUUUAUGAUAGUGAUUGGUAUAUUGUACACAGUGCAGACACAGCAUUUAAUUACAAAAAUAUAUUAAUCAGAAUCAGUUUUAAUAUUAUCGGCAUAUGUCGUGAAAUUUGUUGCUUUGCAGCAUCAGUACAAUGCCAUCUAUAAUAAUACAAAAAUAUCAUGAACUACAGUAAAUAUAUAUAUAUAUAUAUAUAUAGACACACACACACACACACACACACACACACACAUAAUGUGCAAAUAAGUAGUGCAAAAAAUAGAAUAAAAAAUUUGUGAGGUAGUAUUCAUGUCCAUUCAGAAAAUCAGAUGACAGAGAGUAAGAAGCUGUUCCUGAAUCAUUGAGUGGGUGACGUCAGGCUUCUGUACCUCCUUCCUAAUGGUGGCAUUGAGAACAAGACAUGACGCGGGUGAUGGUGGUCCUUAUUGAUGGAUGCCACCUUUUUGAGACCUCACUCCUUCAGGGUUUCCUGGAUGCCUGGGAGCCUGGUGUCCAUGAUGGAGCUGAGUUCACAACUCACUGCACCUUAUUUUAAUCCAGUGCAGUAGCCUCACCUCCCUCCCCCACCAUACCAGAUGGUUAUGCAGCCACCAAUGUUGUGACAAAUGGAUUUUAACACAAGCAAAUAUAAGAUCACAUGCCUGGUAUGAAACUCCUGGAACAUGCACUCUCUUACAAGCUGUGUCAUAACUAAGAGCGGACUGCCUGAGAAAAUGAUAUGCUGAAAGCCUUCUUAUAAAAUAAGCAUCCCUAUUGACUCCUGGAAAUCUUUGAUCCAUGAUUGCUCAAAGUGGAGAUGGAACACUUGGAACUGAUCUGAAAACUUUAAGUCAGAAGGCCCCUGUAAUUGUAGAAACACAUCAUCCACCGCUGAACCCUGAAGGCUGUUCCUACCCUAACUGUGGUAGAGUCUGUAAGUUUGAUGUUGACCUUAUGCAUCAUCUCAGAAUCCACAGAACUGGAGUGGAAGCUAGUUGUUGUCACUGUAUGUGAUGAAAAGAUAGAAAUUGUGAAAGUCCCAAGAGGAUGCCAAAUUUAUUUACAUAGAUUGUAAGAGUAUUAUGGAAAGAUGAAAUGAUCAAAAAGGGGAAACUUCAGCUGUUGUUUUAUAUCUAGAAUUGUGCCACAAUGGACAUCAGUAAUUUAUGUUAACCAAAGUUAGCAAGACUUACUUGCUUACUUGGGCCCUUAGCUCCUAAGUAGAGCAUAGGCCAUAGAUGACCCCCGGUCUCCAUUGUUCUCUGAAGUCGAUGGUAUGGUUGGAGGUCAUCUGCACUUCUGCAAUCCAUUGCAUCCACUGUACAGGGGAUUGGCCUGCACAGUUUGACCAGAGCCCUGUUGGCCAACCUUACCCAUUUCCACCUCCCACAAUGGGGACAUCGGGUUGGAGUUUGAGAGGCAAAGUCAUCAAGAGGGAAGUGGUAAGGUUACAUGAAAUUAGAGGACAGAUCACCCAUGAUUUGAAUAACUGGCAGAAUGGCCCAUCUAGGCCAAAUGAAUAGUAAAUGCAAUGUUAAAAGUAAAACAUUGUUCUGAUAAGCCAUUUAUCUUAUUUUGCCUAAUAAAAGUGUUUUUAAUCUUUCUUGUAAACUUUGCAAUUGAAAUUCAUUUCUUUUUCCCAUCCUCCCAUGCUUUGGAGUUUCAACCCUUACCAGUU